AUGGCUGGGACCUCUGAAGGUGGCAGAGUAACCCGGUCUUAUCGAGUAGCAGAAAGGCCGUGCAAGAGGAAGGAGCCUGGAAGGACAGAGAGGAGUGCGGUGACAAGUCCACACAAAACUGGAUGUUUCAGCUCAAAACUCCCAGGUGUUCAUCUCGGUGGGGCCACGCUGACCAUGCUCAGGAGCUUCUGUCUCCAGCUCAUGUCCUUGCUUUGGAUCCUCUUGGCGCAUCACCAGCUUGCCCAAGGUGAUGACUGCAGUGAGCGCUGCAACCUGGCCCACGGCUGCUGUGACCAGGAUGGGAAGUGCAGGUGCGAUCCAGGCUGGGAGGGCGAGUACUGCGAGGAGUGCGUGCGCAUGCCGGGGUGCCUCCACGGGACCUGCCACCAGCCCUGGCAGUGCAUCUGUCACAGCGGCUGGGCCGGCAAGUUCUGCGACAAAGACAUCCACAUCUGCGAACACCAGUCCCCGUGCCAGAACGGGGCUCAGUGCGUCUACGACCGAGACGGGGACUACUCCUGCCUGUGUCCGGAAGGCUUCCACGGGAAGGACUGUGAGAUGAAGGCAGGGCCGUGCGAGAAGGCAGGGUCUCCGUGCAAGAACGGGGGGCAGUGUCAAGAUGAAAACGGCUUUGCCAGCAACUUCACCUGCCGGUGCCUCGCCGGCUUCGUGGGGGCUCUCUGCGAGCACGACGUGGAUGACUGCCUGAUGCGCCCCUGUGCCAACGGUGCCACCUGCCACGACGGCAUCAACCGCUUCUCCUGCCAGUGCCAGGUGGGCUUUGAGGGGCGUUUCUGCACCAUCAACAUCAACGACUGCGCCAGCCAGCCCUGCAAGAACGGGGCAAAGUGCUACGACCGCAUCAACGACUAUGACUGCUUGUGUCCUGACCGCUUCACCGGCAAAACCUGCGAGAUCUCCGUCCCCGAGCCCACCUGGGCUCCCCCCUACCACCCUGCGAACCAGGAGAGCGGCGGCGCGAUGCGGAGCACCACCAGCGAGACACCCGGGGUGACGCAGCCGGAGCCCGUCAGGACUGCGGUCACAGGGCGGCGUGUGGCCAACUACAGCGAGAAAGCACCGGGGGGAGGGUUGUUGAAAAUCUCUGUGAAGGAGGUGGUGACCCAGAGGGACUCCGGGCUGAGCGAAGCCCAGCUGGUGACAGUGCUGGUGUUCGGGGUGCUGACGGCGGUGCUGGUCCUCAUCACCGUCCUGCUCAUCCUGAGGAACUGGCAGAGGGGCCGCCAGAGGUCAAACUGGUGCCAAAGCCCUUCGCAGGCUGCCAGGAAGCUCCAAGACCAGGAGUGCCAGGUGGGCAUGCUGAACACCGUCCUGAUCGAGCCCAGGAAGACGACGGAGCUGUGAGCUGCGAGGACUCUGAGCCAGGCCCCGGCAGGUCGUCGCGCUGGCAGACCCCUCGGACUGCACCCCGGGCAGCUGUUCUGGUGCACACUGCACACGGGGCAGCGGGCGCAUCGACAAAACCCCACGGUGCUGAGCACGGUGCAACGUGUCCGAGCCACCUCCGCCCAGCCGGCACAGCCAGCGCCCACGGGAAUUGAGGCAGGGCCACGUGGGGCCAGCCCCAUGAGGGAGCAGCGCCGGGACUGCUCCGACAUGAGCUCUCGGAGAUGGGACUGGUGGAGCUGGAGGA